UUGGUAGCACAGAAUAUCGCUGCUCAACCUCACAUAGGACGUGAUGAGGAUGCUGCCAUCAUCAGUAGUAAAUGACAUUGUUAGCGAUGGUAUGCUAUUGUUAUCGUUAUGAUACAAUUUUAGAUGACCGAUAUUAACGGUGUAAUCAAGGCAUAACGCUGGCUAAAUAGGCGUGUAACGAUCUACAAUCAAAUGGCGACCGAAUGCACACAAGAAGCGAUACUACAAUUUCUUACAGAGCGAGGAGGGAGGGUUAAGAACGUGGAAUUGAUUGAUCAUUUUAAAUUCAUUUUGCCAAGCGACCCUGGGAAAAAGGCAUUGGUAAAGGAUACUUUCAAAGGAUAUGUGGACAACGUGGCCUUUGUGAAAGUAGAAAAUGGGGUAAAAAUGGUAUGCUUGAAAAAGAAAUACAGGGGUUCAGUGAAGCGAACUGGCGAGAGAGGGGAUGGAGAAUGCAACGGUAAUGGAAUCACUGCGGGUAAGAUUUCAAGUCUGGACCAGAGCGAAGGUGCUGCUAUAAACAAUGCACUCAAUGAUCGAAAACAUAGCUUUGCCGAUUCUUUACAAUCGAACGCUUUAUGUGAAGAAAAUUCUAACAUUUGCACACCAGACAUAGCGAUGUCAACAUCAUAUGAUGGAGACGAGCGCUCUUUGACUUUAGAAACUCUUGCAAACGAUGAUGCGAAACAAAAAAUAUUACCUAGGUCAGGUUACGGAACUGACAAUGGGAAAGGCGCGGAAGUGCAGGCUUCUGUUAAUAUUUUGGAAGGUAAAACUUCAGCUACGACUGCUAAUUCUAAUUCAGUUCGUAUAUCCCCGGAGAAUAGUUUGCAGGCAAUGGGAAAUCUACUAAAGUCCAGAUCAACAAAGACAGCGGAUGAUGCGAAAGAAGUCGAGUGCAAGAGCGAAUGUGGUAAAACAAGCGCUCCUAAAGUUUGUGUUCCACAGAUUGCAGUGAUUGAGCCUUCGCCUUUACCUGUGGAAACCGACGAUUCCGUAUUCAACCUUCCCGAACAAGGAGACUUAGAAGAGCAAAAUGCACAGGCGGGGGGAGUUAGUGGCCACGGACUGCCAACGCCGGGUAUGGAAGCCAAGACAAAGCCGAGCGAAGAGGACAUCGAGGUCGCGGUUGGCAAAGGCGCACCGCUGGCACAGCUUAUAAAUAGGCGGCGAGUCUCCCGAGGGUCACAGCGCAGCCUGCUGUCCAGUAAUCCGUCAGAGGAGGGGGCGGACGAAGGGCAGUUCGAUUCUGUCAGUAUAUCGGGGAGCGACUACACACCUAAAAGCAGUCGCAAGAAUUUUAUUGAAUUGAUGAUGAACAGCUCCCCCCAGGUCCGGCGCAGCAUGGUGCAUAGGAACUCCGCGUACCUGUCAUCCAGGCACCGAGACAGGGACUCUGUCAAGAGUGACAGCGACUCGGCGUCCCUGGUCUCCUCAACCACGGACGAAUACGGCGGGUCAGUGACGCUGGACCCCUUGGAGCACGAGUGGAUGAUGUGCGCAUCAGACGGGCAGUGGGAGAGCCUGCACCGAUUGCUCGCCUGUGAACCGAACCUCGUCACGAAAAAGGACUUUGUCACAGGUUUCACCUGCUUGCACUGGGCGGCUAAGCAAGGCAAACAAGAGCUGCUAGCCCUCUUGGUUAACUUCGCCAAGCAGCAUGCAGUGCCAUUGAACAUCAAUGCUCGCUCCAGCGCUGGGUACACUCCAUUACACAUGGCUGCAAUGCAUAGUCACAUCGAGGUGGUCAAGCUUCUGGUGGGUGCUUAUGACGCCGACGUUGAGGCCAGGGACUAUAGCGGGAAGAAGGCGUCCCAAUAUCUCACGAACACCGUGGCUGAAGACAUACGGGAUAUUGUCGGGGCGGGGGCCGAAAGCUCGGAGAGCUCGGAGAGCGGAACCGGGCGCUGGAGAUUGUCAAAGGUCCUUGCCUCUAACCUGAUGCCGAUUAAGCUGCUUAAUCACCCAGAGGAGGACACUUGCGAUGGCGGGGGCCUAGUGAAAUCAAUGUCCGUGUACAGGAAGUCCUCCAUGAGUAAAAUUAAGCCGAGGCUGCACAAAAUCCGAUUCAGGACACAGAUCAUUCAUAGCACUUCAUUUCGAGAACCAGACGAUGGGGAGAGAUCUUUGAAGAGUCCUGCAAAAUCAAGGCCCAUGUCUAACCUCUUUGGGUGAGACCCACUUAAGUCCAUGCAUAUAUAGGACAAACGGCACUGCACACGUUUUUAGAAUUUUGAUUGCUACCGCUGUUAGACGGUAGGUUGUCCAUUCCUACAUCCGAAAAAGUGCCCAAAAUGAUAACAUGAUUGUGGCAGUACUGACAUACCUUGUUACGUUGUUCCAUCAAAUUUAAAAUGACUGAAAUUAUGUAAAAUUAAACGUGAAUUAAAUGUCAGCUAUUGGAUAUUGUGUGUAAAUUCACGCUUCUUAGUAUUACAUUGCACAUUUGUGUGAUAUCAAAUGUUCUCAGCAAGGGGGUGUUCUAAUUUCGGUAAAAAUGUAACCGUGGCAACUAAUGAUAUACGAGUUGAAUUUGUAUGGCUUGUUUUUUUGUUUUUUGUUUCCAGUACCUUAAUAAUGAGAGUGCCAGUUAAACUGCAAUUCCAAAAUAAGCUGUUUUGAUUCUGACCUUUGGGUGGUUAAUUUGUAACUAUUUGCUUUAUCUAACUUUGUAAAUAACAGCUUGUUCUGCUGCUGGUACGGUGUUGGAAAUAUCAAAAUAUAUACCCUCUCUUUAAUCACUAAUUGUAUUUUUGUGUUGAAUAGGUCAAUGUACAAGAUGUGGGUUGCUUUGAAAGUGUUCCUCAUAUAGCUUUGCAUUAUUUCCCGAUUGCCUAAUGUGUUCAUGCCCGAGUUUCACUGUUUGAAAGUGUCCCUUUCCAGCUUUGACAGAUAAUAUUAAUCUUCUUUCUUCAGGGUUAUACUGUUGUUUUUUUUUACAGAAUAUUAUUGACUAAACAUCCACUAUAUCAGUGGGAAAUGAGCAUUAAGGUACAUGUUCACUAGUGCAGGAAGCUGAAAUUAAUCAUGCCCUGUUUUAAGGUGCAGAACAAUAGCUGCUACAUUAAGACUGAAACACCUGGUUGUCCUUGCAAAGACAGAAAACUUAUUGGAGCCAAAUGGAGGUUAUGUAAUGAGGUCACAGGUCUGCAUUUUAGAAGGUACUAUGCAUGUGAUCCCAGGUCCAGGCCUAGGAUGGCAGGCUGGUUACUGGUACUGAUCUUUAAAAAAAAUAAUCAUGGCGACAUGAAACACUUUUCUUUGUAUUUUUCUUUGUGAAAGCACAUUGUUCACUUUCUGAAAAAUCUCAAAUUCCUGUUGCAAUCGGUAAAAACAAACAGGUGAGAUCAUUAUGUCUCAUGUAUGCCCAACGUGUGGAAAUCCUUCUCCAGAAUGUGACUGUUCAUACAAGUCCAACCAAACAUUACUUUUGCAAGAGGAUGGCAACAGAGCACUCUGUCGGUUAGGCCUUUGUUAAUUAUCGAGCUUACCUUUAAAUCUGCCUUUUUAUCUUGUUGUUACCUUGGUUUGGUAAAAGAUGUUUAGCUAAGUGGCCAAUGUUCUUUUUCUGCUUGUGGUACUAACAAUAAUUAUUGUACGAAUGUUUUUUAUUCCACUUUCUGGAAGGUGGCACUGAAUAAUAUCUGUUAUUUAGCAGCCCAACAAGUCUAUAGCACUUUGUAAAUGUAUUAAAGUUGUGCACAUUUUUUUGUUCUUUUUUCAAAUUUAUUGUCAUUAAUUCUUGCUUUCGAAUGAGCCUUUGUCAUUGGAAAGAGGUGAUUACUGCAUUAUAUAUUUUAGGCACUGUCUGCUAAUGACGGUCCUCGUAAUGAAAAAUGGAGUAAAUGCUAAUUUUCAUAUUACCUGGUUAAAUCAAUAGAUGGUGCAUUCUACAAGACUUAAAGAUUAAAGAAAACAACACAUUCUUGCUGAAGUCAGUUUUACUCAAAACACGAGUCUUGCAGUGCCUUCUACAUUUGCGCUGUUACAUUUUGGAUCUGUGCUCUUCUGAAUUUUGAAUCCAGAGCUCUCACAGACAUCAAAGCAAAGCCAUAAUUGUUUGAAUACAUCCUCCAAAGAGAGUGCUUAGUGCUGUUCAACAGUGUGGUACAGCUUUUUAAUGCAGUUUCCAUUUACAACAUGAAAGCAAAAAAGUUUUUAAAAAAAAGUAAUUGCAUUUUGUAUUGGUGUGAAAUACAGUAACACUUUGUCUCAUAGUUUUGUCUUUUUUCAAAAUGGCUUAGUUUGGUUACUCACUAUGUUUUAUGGGAAUUCCUGUAAUUAUAAUUAAACACAUUUUCAACUUGUUAGAUAUCAUAUUAAUAAAGCUUAUAUUUCAUGUCAUGAAACAUGUAGUUCCCACUGUUGGUUUAAUAUUUGUUCACACUCAUCUCACUGUGAGGUGGUCUUUUUUAAAUUCUUGUUUUUAGUUACAUUUUAUUGAUUCAAUUACAAUUAAUUGUAUAUACACUUGUGUGAAUAUGCCCUCUUGUAUUUUGAAACAAUAAUUUUGGUAUUCUGUUCCUCAGAAAGUAAAUUGAAAAUAUAUGUUUUGUAUUCCAGUUCCUUUAGAUAUUUACUCUUUGGCUUACUAAUCCAGGAAGUGUGAUUUAAAGGGCUGGAACCAAACAUGAAUUUAUUAUUUUAUUUUUAAAAUAAUAUAUAUUUGGGAGUUGUUUAUUUUUUUCCAUUUGGCACAUAUAUUUUUAAUAUGACAUUGUAGAUUUAAAAUAUAUGUUCAUUCAAUUUGUUGGAAAUUACGAAAUAACAUACAAAAAGUGAAUUUGAGUGUUUUUAGGGUCCUGGAUAUAUUGACUGGACAACAUACAAGUUUUAAUCUUAUUGUCAGUGAUAAAAAUGUUAAUGCCACUGUCUGUUAAGAAAGAUAACUUUGCCUAAUGGGUAAAGGUUAACUGCGUAAUCCAAAUGUCCAAAUGUAGAGAUUGCUUUUGAUGUGUAAACCACAGACAGCUACAGGCCUGCAUUGCUGUUGAUUUUCUUUGUGGCAUCACAUAUGCUACAUAUGAGUCAAACUGUGUUUUAGGGAAUGCAAAUGUAAUGACAAAAAUGAUCUGAUCACUACUUUACGGAUUGAAGAAUUAAAGGCUGGACAUACCAAGA